UAUUACCUGCUUUCAGGCGUGUCCGUCUGAUGACGGAGAGAUGGAGGAAACGCUGCCGCUUGGAGGUCUGAGUGGCGGCGAUGGCAUACGCGCUCUCGCUGCUGCAGCGGUGCACCGGCCUCGCCCACCUCAGGCAGGUUCACGCCCACAUGGUCGUGACGGGUCUCGCCAACAGCGUCCACGCCCUCACCAAGCUCGUCGAGUUCUGCGCCCUCCUCUCCGACGGCGUGUUCCUUGACUACGCCGGCGAGAUCUUCCGGCAGGUCGCUCACCCCACGACCACGACGUGGAACGCCAUGAUCCGCGGACUCGCCCAGGGCCCUGACCCGAAGCUCGCCAUCCUCCUUUAUCCCCAAAUCCAGAAAGGAUCGUUCUCUUCCUCGCUUCGUCCCGACGCUCUCUCUGUCUCGUUCGCCUUGAAGGCAUGCGCCCGACUCCUCGGUCUCAAGGAAGGCCAGGAGCUCCAUGCGCAAGUUUUCAGGUUUGGUUUCGCCUCGGACUCGCUCUUGCAGACGACCCUAAUGGAUCUUUACUUCAAGACGAGCCGCGGAGACGAUGCGCGCCAGGUGUUCGACGAAUUGCCCAAGAGAGAUAUAGUGGCUUGGAACGUUAUCGUUGCUGGAUAUGCGCAGUGCGGGAGGUCGAACGACGCGUUGGUGAUGUUUCGCUGCAUGCAGCAGGUUCCGGACCUGCGGCCCAACGAGGUCACCAUCUUGGGGGCUCUCUCGGCGUGCUCGCAGUUGGGUGCAGCGGACGACGGCGAGUCGGUGCACGCUUACGCUCGCCAGCACGCUCUCGAUCGACAUUGUUUCGUUGGGAAUGCUCUGAUUGACAUGUACGCCAAAUGCGGCCGUGUCGAUCGGGCACUUCAAGUAUUUGAUGAAGUGCCUCAGAGAAGUUUGGUUUCUUGGAACACCAUGAUCAUGGCUUUUGCCAUGCAUGGGCGUGCUCAUGACGCGCUGGCGCUAUAUCAGAAAAUGAAGACGGCAAAGGUGGCGCCUGACUCGGUGACGUUCUUGGCCGUGUUGGGUGCAUGCAAUCACGCAGGGUUGGUAGAAGACGGACGUCAGCUCUUGCGCUCCAUGGAAGAGUUUCGGGUUGUGCCGAACGUGAAGCACUACGGUUGUGUGGUGGACCUGCUAGGCCGUGCUGGAAGGCUGGAGGAAGCAUAUGAUCUGAUUGUCAAUUUGCCGGUAGAGGUGGACGUCGUCCUCUGGCAGAGCUUGUUGGGUGCUUGCUAUACCUACGGCAAUGUUGAGCUAGCCGAGCGGGCAAUGCAGCGGUUAGCAGAGUUGAACUCCAAUAACAGUGGCGACUUUGUUCUCAUGUCUAAUGUCUAUGCUGCCUCUGCUCGGUGGGACGAUGUGGGCAGGACCAGGGAAGCCAUGAAGCGUGUGGAUGUUGUCAAGACGCCUGGAUUCAGCUACAUUAAGGUGGAUGGUGUGAUUCAUAAGUUUGUCAUGGGGGACCAAGAGCAUGAAAAAAGCAAGGAAAUCUAUGAGAAGUUGGAUGAGAUUUGUGCAAGGGCUAGGUUACUUGGGUAUGCCCCUAAAACGUCCUUUGUGCUACACGACAUAGAUGAGGAAGACAAGGAAAAUGCACUUUCCUGUCACAGUGAGAAGUUGGCAGUUGCCUUUGGCCUUCUGAGCACCGAUGGUGGCUCUCCAAUUCUUGUCAUCAAGAACCUCAGAAUAUGUGGUGAUUGCCAUGCGCUGAUCAAACUUGUAUCCAAGAUUUAUGGGAGGGAAAUUAUAGUAAGAGAUCGGACACGCUUCCACCAUUUUGCUAAAGGACUAUGUUCAUGCAAAGAUUACUGGUGAAGCACUUUAACUGGAAUGAGUGGAAGAUUUAAUGGUCAUUGAUGAAGCCUAUUAUUCCCACUAAUGGGAUCAUCCUUAGCAAUUUAAUAUGUUGGUGCUUGAUCAGCAGCUUAGCUCUUGACUGAUUUUCACAUUUGACUAGCCCUUAGUGAAAUGUCACAUGGCCGCUUAUUUACCUGUCAGUGUGCCAUUAGGAGUAUACUACUGAUGCUGGAGAGCUAUCUGUGUGGUCCACAUUGUUAGGUGUACAAAACAAGGAGUAACCCAGUUCCUUCAUCAUAUCAUUAACCAUCUUCGUGCUUCUUUGGUUUC